UGGGACUAAAACCAGGUCAAAAAGUUUUGGAUGUAGGUUGUGGGACUGGGGGAGGUGACAUUUACAUGGCUGAAAAUUUUGAUGUUGAGGUAGUUGGCAUUGACCUCUCCAUAAACAUGAUUUCUCUUGCCAUUAAACGUGUAAUUGGACUCAAAUGUUCAGUAGAAUUUGAAUGUGCCGAUUGCACUAAAAAAUCAUACCCUGAGAAUACAUUCGAUGUAAUCUAUUCCCGUGACACAUUGCUACACAUCAAAGAUAAACCAUCACUAUUUAGAUCCUUUUACAAAUGGUUGAAGCCUGGAGGUACACUUCUAAUAACUGAUUACUGCAAAAGUGUAGGAAGUCUAUCAGUAGGAUAUGCUAACUACAUACAAAAAGGAGGAUACUAUAUCCAUGAGAUGAAAACAUAUUCUCAGAUGCUCGAAAAUGCUGGAUUUAAUGAUGUCAUUGUCGAGGAUCAAUCUAAUUUGUUCAUGAAAACACUACAACAGGAGUUAAAUGCCCUCGAGAGCAAGAAGGAUGAUUUCAUUGAUGAAUUCUCGAAGGAAGACUACAAUAUAAUUAGUGAAAGAUGGAAGACCAACCAGAUGAGGGGUGUAGAUGGUGAACAAAUAUGGGGUUUGUUCAUUGCCAAGAAAAAAUGAUGCUUAAUUCUGAUCAUAUCUCUUAUUAUGCCUAUAUAUUUAGUUCAGUAUUAUGAACAGUUUUCCAGAUAGCAGUUUGUAUAACUAUUUUGU